CCAUGGUCCGGGUCAGGUAACACUAUGCCAAUGGACCCACAAUGGUAGACUUCAGCAUCAACCUAGGCGACACCUAGCACAACCAGAAGAUUAUCUGAAUUUGUCAUCGGUGACCUGUUCGUCGACUCAUGUCAUAAAUCCGGCCCCGAGCUGUUUCUGAGGGUCAACAACUAAAUUCAUUGAAUCCGUACAAGAUUUCAGAGCUGUUCCUGGACCUUGGGUUUAAAAUCAUGAAAGCAGUGGUUGUCGAGAAAGGGAAUGCGAUUGUCGUGCAUGAACGGCCCAAACCUAAGGUCCGAGACCAUUUUGUCCUGAUCAAGGUUACAGCAGUGGCCCUGAACCCAACAGACUGGAAGCAUUUGGACUAUCGUCUUGUGGCAGACGGCUGUCUGGUUGGAUGCGACUUCGCCGGCACCGUUGUGGAAGUUGGCAAAGGCGUAAACAAAGCACUAUCCACAGGAGAUCGCGUGGCGGGCGUUGCUCAUGGAGGAAACAGCAUCCAGCCUGAAGACGGGGCAUUUGCUGAGUACAUCGUCGCCAAGGGUGAUAUAUUGAUUAAGCUGCCAGGCAGUCUGAGUUUUGAGGAAGCUGCGACUUUGCCUCUUGGUGUUGCAACAGUCAUGCAAGGCUUAUAUCAGAAGGGUUUGAAGCUGAGGCUGCCCAACGAGCCGAACACAGAGAAGCCCUUUGUGUUGAUCUAUGGUGGAGCAACUGCGACUGGAGCACUGGGGAUUCAGUAUGCCAGACUGUCCGGAUAUUCCGUUGUUACCACAUGCUCACCACAGAAUUUUGAAUACGUCAAGUUCCUCGGCGCAAGCGAGGCAUUCGACUACAAAGAUGCUAACGUUGGUGCGAGCAUCCGCAAACUCACUAAAGAUGGACUCAAACUCUCCUGGGACAUUAUCAGUAACGAAGAUUCGGCCAAAGUUUGUGCUGCGGCACUCUCAUCUGACCCCACAGGCUGUCGAUACGCGUCUUUCCUCAGUAAUCGAAGCCCAAGGGAUGACGUCGAAAGUGUCGGUACCAACAUGUAUACUGUCUGGGGUGAGUAUUUCAAGUCAGGAUCCUUGGAGUAUCCCGCCAACCAGGCGGAUUUUGACUGGGCAAAAGGGUUUAUGGAGCUUGCAGAGAAGCUUUUGGCAGCAGGCAGAUUGAAAGCUCAUAGAAUAGCCAUCAAGGAUGGUGGUUUGAAUGGAGUUUUGCAAGGCCUAAACGACAUGAAGAGUAAUAGAGUCAGUGCCGAGAAGCUGGUCUAUCGAGUUGCAGAGAUGGUGUGACGUUGAACAAGGAGAAAGGUUGAAAGUCCCACAAUGCUCACAAGUGGGAGCAACGUCCCAUUAACCUCUGAGCAUAUCAAGCGUGCGUUGCUGUCCGAGCAUCACAAGAAACUACGAAGUCGUAUGAUGCUUUCAGAUAUCUGAACGCGCUUCCACCUUCACGAUAGAAUGCAUAGUUAACAUCAUCGAGGUGGUACUACCGAGCAAAGAGACCUUGACCUCACCGCCAUGCCCUAUUGCUGUGUGAUUGCGGUCCUGUCCCACCAAAACUUGCACUGCUCUAAAGCUUCGGUCUCAUAUGUCAACUCCGCUGGCGUACCGACUGGUCCCCCUAUCAGAUCCCUAUUGCCCU